AAAUAUAAUUUAAGCGAUAAACAACUUGAAAUUUUGGAGGCAGAACGUUUAAUAAAAAAUAAAGCUGAACUUGAACGCGUAAAAGAAAGAAGAGUUGAAAGAGAACGAGAAAUGUUUGAAGCCGAAAAAGAAAAAACCAGACAAGCACGGGAAAGAGAAGAACUGAAUAUGCUUGGCUGGGAAAGUAAAGAAGAGCUUUUCCAUAUUGAACAAGCCAAAAUCCGAAGCCGGAUUCGUUUUGAGGCUGGAAGAGCAAAACCAAUCGAUAUUCUCGUUAAAUAUAUCGAGACCAAUCAAAAAGAAGAUGAUGUUGAUGUUUGUGAACCUUAUAAGAUUUUUAAUGAUCUGAACCUUAUUGAUACGGAAGACUUGCUAGCAGAUAUAAAACUUUAUUUAACUUUUGCUGAAAAUAUUGAAUACUGGACGGAUUUAAAACUUCUAUGCGAGCAUCGACUUGAAGAAGUAAAAAGGGACGCGUUACUUCGUGAUCCAACUAAAUCUGCUCAGCAUUGCCGAGCCUUUGAUAGCGGUUUAAACGAAUCAGUUCGCGAAUCUGUUAAGACCAUUUUAGAUGGAAAGGGAACGGGAGAGCUCAAAGCCUUAAAAAAUUCUAUAGAAAAAAAAUUAGCAUACGAAAGUGACCACGUUGACGUUGCUUAUUGGACGGAAUUGUUGAAUCAUUUGGAUGUUCAUAUGGCAAAAGCUAGACUCACUGAAUUUCAUGCGACUAUUCUUCGCUCAAAAAAAAAAUUUCUCGAGGCAGAGACCAUGGAACAACUACCCGAUCCCAUUAUUAAAGAAGAAAAAAAUAAUGAAAUCGACCAACCUCGUGAGACUAUUAAACCUAUGGAACCCGAGACCCACGUGGUCGACGAGUUGGAAGUGCCUUUAGAAGUUGAAGGCAUUUAUAGCCCUCCUCUUUGCCCUUCAGAAGAUGAUGAGGUUAUUACUUUAGAACAAUUCGUAAAAAACCUGAAAAUCCAAAGAAAAGCCGUCUGGGAAGCAUUUUGCCGGAACUCCAACUCAAUAGACGAAUCAUCAGACGCUCAGGGGGAUGCGUGGGUUGAACGCCAGAGAAGUAAAGAGCUUGAGGAAGAUGAAGAAGAAUUUAGAGCAGAAAUUCAACUUCCUCAUCAACUUUACUUUUGGUCUGAUAAGUACCGCCCGCGGAAGCCACGUUACUUCAACCGCGUGCACACCGGCUUUGAGUGGACCAAGUAUAACCGAACUCACUACGAUUUUGACAAUCCCCCCCCAAAAGUUGUGCAGGGCUAUAAAUUUAAUUUGUUUUAUCCGGAUUUGAUAGACCGAAAUAAGGCGCCAAGUUAUUCUGUUUCAGUAGAUAAAGAAGAGAAGGAUUUUUGUGUCAUACGUUUUUCUGCGGGUCCUCCUUACGAAGAUAUCGCCUUUAAAAUUGUUAAUCGUGAAUGGGAAUUUUCUCAUAAAAGAGGUUAAAUAUUCUUAUCAUUAU